AAAAUAAUUAACCUGUAUACAUAAUAAUAAUAAUAAUUAGAUUUUAAUAUUACAAAAUAAAUAAAAUUCGCAAUUCUAUUAAAUAUAGUUAUAUUAAAUCGCUUAAAGUUUGAUUGUGUUAAUUGUAGUAGAAAGUUGUAAUGGUAUAUAUUAGAAAUAUAACCUAACAUGAGCUCUAUACAAGAAAGGUUACAACUGAAAAGAGUUCCACUGGACACUUGGAUUAUUAGGGAGCAGUUAUGUCUCGCCUCCGCCGUGGUGAGGAGUGGCGAUCAGAACUGGAUGUCUGUAUCACGGGCGCUGAAAACUAUCGGAGAACAAAAUAGACCAGCUGACUGGUAUUCACAAAAGAGCUGUGCUGCACAAUAUGGGGCUUUAUUGGAACAUGUUGAAACUCCAAAACGCAAGAAGCGCAGUUCAGAGGGGGCGGUGGAGACACCACAGGAAAGCAUACUAAAAAGACUGACACAAGAACGGAUUGUUGAAAUACAGAAGACGCUAGCAGAACUAAACCAGCAGUAUGAACAAGUCACGAAUGUCAUAACGGAAGCACAAAACCCAGCUACCACAGAAGACCGCCUGCAAGAGAUAUGGGCGUCAAUAGAGGCGGCGAAGCGAGCGAGGGAGCGAGAGAACGCUAGGCGCGCCGCCUGGUUGAAAGAAAGAGAGGAGAAGCGAGCCAGAGCGGACCGAACGUGGCGGCCGCCUCAGCAAACACCCAGCUCUCCAGCGACAACAGCACCGCCAUCAUCCCCUCUGCUGACGUCACUGCUGAAAUCAUCCCCCGUGGUGACAACACCCCAACACAUCAGCCACCCCGCCAACGUAGUCGAGACAAUAUCACCUUCAGCAACAGCGCCCACGUUGUCGAUGCUGCUGGAAAAGUCAGCACCGUCUGGAGCCACGCAGCAUGAGAGCAAGCAUGCAGCCAUCGAGCACAUCAAGAGCCAGCUGGUGCAGCUUGAACAGCAGCUCAAGGCAAGUACAAGUGCAUCUCCCGUCCCACUCGCGCAGCCUCCCGCGGCCCCGUCUGUUGAUAUAGAUGAUAUAGAAAUAAAAGCAGAGGAUGUAUACGCAUUUAGAGACAUUGAUUUGCACAUACCACCUGUGACUUCUAUGCACAAAGGGAAUACACGGAUUGUUGAUAAACCAGUAUUCAAGAAAGACGAGGCUGAAAUGGCCCUUGAAAUGCCCGGUGUCAGCGGUGCUGGGGAACAAAUUGAGCAAGUCGUAAAGGAGGAACCUGAAUCUACUGAGACUGUUGCUGAAGAAAUGGUCACGACAGGAAUCGAAGUGCCGUCCCAGGAGCCAGCUGUUUCGUCGCCACCGUUGCCGGAAGCAGCGCCGGAGGUCAAAAUCUCAUUCCCGGAAGUGAAAUUCCCCACGCCGGAAAUUAAGGUCAUACAGCCGGAUGAACAGAAGGUUAAAGAAGAGAUAAAAGAACCGGAGGCACCUCCUCCAGACCCUGAGCAGAGUCAGCAAGUAGACGUUGCUGAAGAGGAAGUCUCAAUAUCGGCAACAGAGGAUCAAAGCGAGCAGUCUGAACCGCAACCGGAAGUGAUAUCCCCGCGACCGGCAGAACCGGAAACAGUUGAGGAACCUGCUGAAGAGUUGGUGGAAGCCCCUAAUCCUGACGACAUACCAUUGCCUAAGGAACCGCAGCCCGAGAUUGAAGAAUUAUCUGAAGUACCAUUACCAGAAGAAACUCCGCCGCCGGUGUCGGCAGAAUUAAAAGACGACACUGAGGAGCAGCCAGAAGUAGAUGACACUCAAGAAGAGAGCAAUAUACAAGAGCAGACCACAGAAGAGAUCAAGAAGGAAGAUGAUGCUGAAGAUUCAAUACCACUCAAGGAUAUGAUGAAGGAAGUCCAGCCAGCCCAGGACGUGGUGGUGAAGGAAGAGAGACCGGCAGAGGUAGAAGACACACACACAGAAACUGAUGAUGAUACCCCAAUGGAGUUGAGCCGCGAAGAAGAGAAGGACGGUAAAAAGAAGAGAGACUACUCCCGGAAGAAGAAGUCUGAUUCUAGAACUUGUUCCGGUUCUGAAAGUGCGGCAGAAGCGAGCGCACCGGACUCGCCGAGCGGAAGUGACGCCGAGCGACAACACCGGCUGUGGAAGAAGUCCGUCAUGUUGGUAUACAGCAGAUUGUGUGCACAUAAGUACGCGUCGCUGUUCCUGCGGCCAAUCAGUGAUGAAGAGGCGCCAGGGUACAGCCUGGUGGUGAAGAGGCCCAUGGAUCUGACCACCAUCAGGCGGCACAUAGACGCGGGCACCAUACGAACCACGGCGCAGUUCCAACGUGACGUGCUGUUGAUGCUGUCAAAUGCGCUAAUGUACAACAGCAGUGAGCACAGCGUGUACACAAUGGCUAAAGAAAUGCACGAAGAGGCUCAAGGUCAGCUGGGGAUGCUGUUGGCUGCGCAGGCGCACGCAGGACUGUCGUCUCCCCCGCGCCGCAAAAGAAGACGUCCAGCCUCCCCCCACCAGCAUCACUCGCGUCCAAGGCACAACUGAACAUCAGCCUUAUGAAUACCUUAGUGUUAAGGAAAAUAAUGUGAAAGUGUGAGGUAAAAAAAGGUCAAACAAUUGUAUGCUUCUGUUAGGACAUGGGCGUAGCCAGCCAUGGGCUCAAAAAUUCAAAUAUCAUUUAUUAAUGUAGGACAUUUUAGUCGCAUAUGAACGUCAAAUGUUUUAUAUUUUUCCCCUACCAUCCAGUUCAGCAUACAGAUCUAGUUGAGAAGAACUGGUAAGAAACUCAAAUGAGUUGCUUAUUUUAAAUUAUUCACUAAUUAUUUUUGGUGUUUUUACACCGUACAAAAAUAGAGGCCAGCAGCAGUUCAAGCAACAGCAGUAGAAUUUUCUAGAAAAAGAUACAAAAUAGGAGCAGAAACUAUUAACAAUGCUCAGUUUUCCUAGUCGGCUGACUCUACACGAAUUUGAAUAAUGGACUCUAUAUGUAACAGCAAUAGACUCAUUUUAACAAUUAGUCAUUUGUCUCUUACCUUCAAAAGUUCGAGAGAAAAGGGCCAUUCAAACUUACACAAGUUAAGGGGAGAAAGUGUGACAUUAACAAGGCGAGUCUUCCAAUAGGAUUUUAGAUUUUGUGAGCUCACACUUAAAUUUUAGUAAUAAAACAUGUAAUUUUAAAUUUAAAUGUGAGGUAGAAAUGACUGAAAUUGAUGGAUGGCCCCAAUUAACAAUUCAAUAACUAAAUUAUUAAAUUUACGCAAGGAGGUAUGACCAUUAUUAAAAUAUUUCCAACAUUUUAAAUUUUAGGUAACAAUAAAGUUAACAUGUAAGUAAGCCUUUUUAGAAAAUAAACGAUUUUUAC